CCUUCUUCAAUUCCCAUUCCCAAAAUAAACGCCGCAAUGGCCUAUGGUAGAAGAGGAGACUCCAUCUUUGAUUCUUUCACCUUGCACCCUCUGCCAUACCCUGUUCUUUUGAUCUUAGUCGUUAUAUUCCUCUUUCUUGGAAUUUCAUGGAACGCCAACGUUGAAGAAGUUGUGGAAGCUACCGAGGAGCAGAUGAGUUGGGUACUUUUGGUCACACCAUUAAUAUUGAUAGUCCUCGUGCGGUGGUUGUCCUCCAUAGAAAACCCCGAUGCCCUGUUUGGCAUGUCACCGUGGGAGCGGCGCCAUCGGACCCACAACCGCCCCUCAGAAGGGAGCUCCCCGUGGGCUGUGGCAGCGUUCAUAGUUUUGCUGUUGGUUCUGCUGCAGUAUCAAUCUGUUUUCCGUGACGGGUGGCAGCUGGUAUGAAUAAGAUCAAAUUAAACCAUACUCUAGAGUCUGAAAGUUUGCAUCUUUCUUCUUGGGUUGGGUUUGUCUGAAGUUUUUAUGUGAUUUGAAGAACUGGGUUUUUUUUUUU